GACCAGCUGAAGCAGUGCUUCUCCAGGCAGCCCCCAGGAGCCAAGGACACCGACACGCUGGUGCAGGAGCCCGACAGCCAGUACGGCACCUGGAGCGAGCCGCGCCGUGCUGGGGACAGCUUUGUGUCUGAAUCUCCUUCCUCGGAAAACGAUGUCAUCUCGACGAGAAAGCGACCUCCCAACAGCCACCCGUCUUCCCUGUCCUCCCAAACGGAACCCACCUCCCUGGUGGAUCACCAUGACUUCUCCAAAGACCAAAGGAGCACAAGUUUGGACCGUUCCAGCACUGACAUGGACUCUACUGAUGGGACUGAUCUACCUGCUCCGGGAGAGACCUACCCUGAGGAGAAGGCCACGGAUUUCUCUUUCAUUGAUCAAACCACUGUUCUGGACUCCAGCGCGCUGAAAACUCGAGUGCAGCUCAGCAAAAAGAGACGCCGUCGCGUCCCUGUUUCGCACUCUCUCCGAAGGAGCAGAGGGCUGGAGUUCGAAAACAGAUUUUCUUUGACAGAGGAGCCGGAUAACACCUGGAUGUUUAAAGAUUCCACAGAAGAGAAGAAAACUAUGCAACAGGAAGAUUCUGAUGAGGAAGACAAGAUACAGCAUACUGUGAGGUCGUCCUCUGUACACGCUCAGAGACUUCCCGUGUUUCCAGGGAUGGACCACUCCGUUCUCAAGGCCCAACUGCGGAAAAGACAAGAGUCGGAGAGUCCUGGUGAAGUGAGUUCUGCUCAACUCUUCAAAGCCCCGAAGCAGCAGCCGGGAGCUGCCGGCAGAGUGCCCUCCAGCGUGGAGAAGGAGGAGAGGUCAGAAGAAAAGUCUCCUCAGUGGCUGAAGGAGCUGAAAUCGAAGAAGAGGCAGAGCCAUUAUGAGAAUCAGGUUUGAAAAGAUAGCGAUUCUAACUAGAAGAAGAUGAAGUCUAACAGAAGCCUUAACUCAUCUGAACCUAAAAUUCACACGUCAUGUUGCUGCUGUUUGCUUCCUGCCUCAACCGCUAUGUGCAUGGUGCCUUCCUGUUUCGUGGAGAAAGCUGCUUAAAAUUCAUAGUCAAAUACAAAGCUGUCUCUUGCCCGUAGGGGAGGACGGGCACUUUGGAGCUGCCCGG